AUGUCUACCAUAGCUCGGCUCCUCACCAUCUUGAUCACCAUUACCACCACCACCUCGGGGCGAAGCCUGGACUAUGGUCUAACACAGCCGCCGCCGCCGCCGCCGCCGCCGCCGCGAAGUUCCCACCAACAUAUCGUCUUCUUCAUGAGCGACAUGCUGGACGGAGGAACUCCCUCGACGGAGCCAGAGCCCAACAUCGACAACCAGCCAGUUAUCAAUAACCCUGUAGGAACUCCAUCGCCGGAACCCAGCGCCAACCUUCCCGCUGCCGGUGGCGGCGGUGAAUCCAGCAGCUGGGUCCCGUACAUCUCCGAUCUUCAAGGACUAGAGGUUGGGGUCAUCACAGUGAUUGACGAGGACCUGAGGGAAGGCAGCGCGGUCCAAUCACCAUUUGUGGGCAGAGCGCGAGGAAUUUACGUGGCGGUUCCGGGGGAUUCCGGCAGCCAUAUGAUGGCCAUGACCGCAAGAUUCGCCGAUGGCGAGCCGGAAGACAGUCUGAGAUUCUUCGGGAUCUACCAAUCCGAGUCCUCUGCGUCCCAUAUUGCUGUCAUCGGCGGCACGGGAAGGUACGACGGAGCAAAUGGGUACGCUACGGUGAAGAGAAUCAAUGCUCUUGUCAGCUCAACUGGUCCUGCAGAGAAGAAGCUCUUACUCACUGUCUUCCUGAGCUGA